AUGCGAUGCCUAAUGCUGUCAUACAAAAGUUUAGAUCCCUCCGGAGACAGACCCAAGACCCCCGCUCUCUCGGAGUUUGUAUGUGGGCCAUGCAGCCUCAGCCGCGUGUACGCAAGGAGCACCGUUUUCUGUUCAGUGUGCAAGGAACUCUUUUGUUUCAACUGCUCCAAGCUCCAUCGGAUGAAGGAAUGGUCACAGAAUCACGCUAUAGUCAUCUUAGACAAUGCCAGUUCACAACAACUGAAAAACAUAGCGUCACAGCAGUGUUCCAGACUCUCACAGCGCCCCAACCGGUGGGCCCGGCGAGCGCCGCUCAAUGAGGGGUUCGAAUCGAAAUCCAAGUAUCUGAAUGCCUUGGCUACCAACCACGAUCACGAAACGGAUGACCUUGAAAAUGAAAGGUACUGUCCGGAACAUCAACUAAUUUACUGCUCGAAGUGUAAGGACUCCCACAAAGAGUGUAAGAAGACACUUUCGAUCACUUCUCUGGCAGAUAAAAUUCUGAAGAAAGGCGAAAUUUCUCAAGUCAUUUCGGAAUACCGGAAGUUCAUCAAAUUUUCGGAAAUUAUGGUGAAUGACCGUUUAAACCAGAUAAAACAAAUCGAAUCUCAAAGAAACGAUAUAUUUCCCACCAUUCACUCAAUGAAGAAUCAAUUUGGGCUUAUGGUGACCGAUAAAGUUCAGAUUAUUGAAAACGAAGUAAACGAGAAAAUAGAAAGUAACGUAAAAAACAUUCGCCUUUACAUGGAGAAAUGUAAGCGAGCCAAAUAUCUAGCACAAUCGGACCUCGACAGCUUCCUCUCGGUGAUUGACAAAAAAGUACCAGGACCAAUCGUAAAAUCUUUCUUCCGUUUAAGGACAAAGUACCCCAUAUACGAGAAGUACCUUAAAGACUUGUACAACGACACAGAAUACACAUCGUUCCAAUUUGUGCCAAACGAGGAGGUUCUCUCUCUGCCUUCUAUCGUCACCUCUGUAGGGAUCAUCAAAGAGAGCAAGAGUUCGUCGGCAUUACCCCCUUUUAUGUCUACAGACAAUGUCAAGCCUUUCGAUCAGCGGUCGCUAUUUCACCGGAAGCACGGCGACAUCCGGUUGUUCGGACUGGGUGUUCUCGGGAAGGGCGGAAUCACGUCCAUCAAGUGUACGGCGAACGAAUACGUCAUGGCGGUGGCUCGGAGCACCUGCGAGUUUCGUGUGUUUACAUCACGUGGCUGGACAGUAGCCCGCUGGGAGCUGUCCUCUCUACCAUGGGACUUCACUAUCAUAUCUGAAAACGAGGUUGUUGUUACUCUGCCAGGCGAGAAAAAAUUAGUUACCUUGAAAGUUGACUUUACUUUACGGAAGGUUACACUUGUCAAGGAAACCACCUUGACCGAGGCAUGUUGGAGUGUAACUGAAUGUAAGGGCAAUCUAAUAGGGACUUUCGCACCAUUUGAGUCUGAUGCGCAUUUGAAGGUCAUGACCUUGGACGGAAUAACGGAGAGAAAAAUUGUGAUUACGGACUGUCCAGUCCCGUUCCGAGCCCCUCAGUACGUGUUGUACCACGGGGACAGAGUGUUUAUCUCCGACACGUUUUCGCACGCGCUGAUCGCCGUGGACCUUCAGGGGCAUGUGACGUUUGCCUUCAGGAGUGCCGAGUUCGAGAACCCCGCGGGUUUGUGCGUGGACUACCAAGGGAACGUGUACGUGUGUGGAAAGACCUCACGGAACGUGUUUCAGGUCACGAAGGAGAACGAGGUCAGGGAGAUCCUGUCCCCCAGCGAGUGUUCCUCGCGGCCCUCGUGUGUCAGUCUGUCGGGCGACGGCUCUACCCUACUCCUGGCCAGUACGGACUCAAAUGUGAUUAAAACAUUUCAAAUGAAGUAA